AUGGCAUCGACAGUCACUACCGGAACGGGCUCGCUCAUCUACGAACGGCGGGUGGCCCGGAUCCACAAGUACCACUGGCCGGCCGUGCAAUUGAACGUCUGGAUGCUCAUCAUGCUGAUCGCAUCGUGCACUAUCAUCGGUAUAUUCGCGACAUUCGUCGGCCAACAGCAGACGCUCGGCCUGUACAUUCCCUGGUACUUCCCUUACAUCAUCACGGUCGCGGGACUCACGAUAGUCUUCAUUGGCAUCCUUCUGUGGCUCAUAUCGCAACGCCGUCUGCUCCCAUCCAUCGUCAUACUGGGGGCCUUCAUGUUCUUCGUGCUGUGGAUGGUAGGGCUCAUUGUCGUCAGCAUAGAGCUCUGGGGCCCAACAGGCUCCGUCAAUUCAAAUUGCAACAUGCUCGUUUUCAGCAAAGACCCAAACAGCCUCGAUACCACAGGGAGACUGGCGUGGUUGGAGCAGAAGAGUAUCUGUCAAUCUUGGCAAGCUGCGUGGUCCUUUGCCCUGAUAGGCGUGUUGUUUCUGCUUUGGAUUGUCAUCAUGGCUAUUCAAGUCUUUUACGACUCAUGA